AGCUGCUCUGGUAUGCCCUCAUGAAAGCCAUUCAUAUAUGCUUCAAGGGGAAUCCUUGAAUGUAAAAUCAACCAAAACUCAUUGCCAUGAGCGAAUGACGCUAUCCCGCAGCUAUUCGUGCAGCAUUGCUCGUCUUUCAUGCUCCUCUCAUACCGCAGGCGCUGAGGGAUGAAGGUAACAAACGGUUCUCAAGGCACGAACUCAAGCUUCCUAGCUGGCAUGGCUAAGAUCGAUGCCAGAGAAGAGGUGGAGACCUCGGAGAAUGGAUCAGAUGCCCUCACUAAAGUCGGCUCCGAGGUGUCGGAUGAGUUAGAGGAUCUGGUGAUACAGGAAGACAAGGCAGGGGACAGCAUUAUCCCAUCGAAUAUGGCCCCUCUCGGCGGGGUGAGUGUCGCAGGACAAAGAAGAGAUGAAUAUGACAUCAAUUUUGACGAUACAAGAGGUUUCGCUAUCUUCAGAUUGAGGGAUGUGUUAAAUUCUGCUGCAUCAAUCCUCUCUCCUUCCGACCAAAAGAUUGCGUCGAAGUAUCCUGGCUGGCAUGAAGUGGUGACCGAGAUUCAAGGAAAACUCACAGAUGCCUCAUCCACACGCGAUAUGAAGCGGCAAAUGGGUCGAAUCCAGCCGUUUCCUCGAACACUCAACACUCUCACACAGGCUUUCGAGGCCUUGGUGGUGCCGCACCCAAUGAAAUUCGAUGUUCUCUGGGGCAUGGUAUACUUGAACUUAAAGCUUUCCUACUCCUCUCCUGAGAGACUCAAAAGAAUUGGCGACUUGUUUAAUACCAUUCGGACGAUUAUGGCUCGUUUUAAUCGAUGUCUUGCUGCUUGUGAUGACAACAAUGAGGCCUUGCUGGCGGUUGUUGAUUUUCUUGAUCCAAUUGCUACAAUAUUAUCGGACUCAAUCAGAUACUUGCACGAAUGCUCAUCUGAACACGCCGCGAAUCUAGCUUGGCCGGAUCUCAACGAGGCGAUCAACACCCAAUUGACUACACUGGAAGACAUCGUCAGACAUAUCAAUGAGAUAACCAGCUUGUCAAAAGUCAACCAGGAUCGUAUGAUCAAGAACUUGUCCAUGAAACACGCGCUCAUGCCGGAGAGCGACGAACCUGGAACUUUCCCGAAUAGAAUCAUCCCCUUUCAGAAAAAUCCGAAAUUCUACGGCCGAGUUGAGGAGCUGGAGAAAAUUCUGGCAUAUCUCAGUCCCAAAGACGAUCAAUCCUUACGUACGUAUACUAUCUAUGGUCGCCGAGGAGUUGGAAAGACCGAAAUUGCGCUGCAGUUUGCACACGAGAAUCUUGCGGGGUUUGAUGCAAUAUUUUGGAUUCAGUGCGAGACUUCAGUGUCGAUUCGGCAGAGCUUUACGAAUGCCGCGGUGUCUUUGAACCUCCCAGGUGCGGAUAGGGCUGGACAUCACGAGGAGAAUUUACUAGCCGUUCAAAAUUGGCUCAAAAGGACGAGUAAGAAGUGGUUGAUGAUAUUCGAUAAUGCCGAGCGGGAUCAGGUUCUGAAGGCAUAUUGGCCGAUUGGUGCAUCCGGGGCCAUUCUUAUAACCUCCCGGAAGUAUUACAACUUCUCUAAAGAUCUGCAGCGGAAGGGCGGAACGGUCAAGCCUUUUAAUUCGAAGGAGAGUUGGGAUCUCCUUCUCCAAUUGCUUGGCGAAGAUUGGAAGAAAGAUGAACGAGAAGGUCGAAUCCCCCAAUCCGAAGUCACAGCUGCUAAGAACAUGUUGGAGCAACUGGAAGGUCUUGCUCUUGCCAUCCAGCAAGCGGCUAUCCUGAUUCAAGAUUCUACCAUAGGCGGUCCAACGAUUGUCAAAACGUAUGAGAUGUUCAAGGAGAAGGUGAGGACUCUUCCCGACCGUCACAGGAGCGCGAGAUCUCCUUCGGAAAAAGCGUUGGAUGCCCUAUGGGACAUGAGUUUCAAAGCUCUGAGUUCGCACGCCAGAACUCUCCUUGGUGUUUUGGCAUGGCUUUCACCAGAUGAUAUCCAAGUGGAACUAUUCCUUCCUCGAGCCCAGAAAGCGCUGGACAUUGCACUAUCAUUCUGCAGACAAGACCCUGUACAUCUCGACGAAAACGAACGCGCUUCCAUUUUCAGCAUUAUCACUGCAUCCGAAGACUUCGAGAAAGCAGUCAACCAACUUCUGGACCGCAAAUUGAUCAAGCAAGAUGGUCGGGUGUACUCUGUUCAUCGUGUUGUCCAAGAAGCUGUCAGUUAUCAUGAUGUGGAUGAGUUGCAGAAGAGCUUUGCACAGGCCGCCAGACUCGUAUACGAGCAAUUUCCUAAGCAAGGUAUUGCUACUAUGUACAAGGACUGGAAGGUUUGCCAGGUCUAUAUCCCCCACGGCGCCCAUCUUAGUAAGAAGUUUUCUGAAUAUGUACGCUCCGGUGCUCUCAGUGCUACGGAUGCAUUCGUUAGCUUGCUUGGAAAUUGCGCAUAUUAUCUCCGCGAGAUUGGAGACUUCGACGUUUGCAGUCGUGUCAUCGAAACAGCGACCUCAGCUUGUGCAGACAAGACUUCUCUACUUUAUGCACGCCUCAUGCUUAUUUCUGGCAACAUUGCCUACGAUCUUAACAGGUUGACCGAAUGCCGUAAUGCUUGGGAUAUCACAAUGCGAAUUCGACUUAAUAGACUUCCGCACGAUGACCCAGCAGUUGCUUCGAUCUACAAUAACAUGGGAAAUCUUGAGACCGCACAAGGGAACUUGCAGGAAUCGCGAAAUUACUUUGAUAGGGCCGUGCAGAUUUGGGCCGAUGGCGGCGAUGCCACAGCCAUAACACUGGCUUUCACAUAUCUUUCUGUGGGAAGGAUGCACAUGCUUCAGGGGAACUUGACAGAAGCGAUGAAUUUGACUCAACUCGCAGAGGCAAUCGUUGUCCGCACCAUCGGUGCAGACAAAGGAAUCAUGGCCAACAUUCAAUACGCCUACGGCAACAUAGAGUUCUUGCAGAGACAUUUGACCCUUGCAUGGCGUGCUUACGAUCAAUGCCGCCAGAUUGCUGUCACCGAAACACCAAUCCAUCCCAUCACCGCAGCAGCAUAUUACUCUCUUGCUUGCGUAGAAUUUGAGAUGGGCCACCCUGAGCCUGCCAAGAUGUACCUAGACAAAGCACGAGGCAUAGCAGAGCUUCGAAGUCCCACGCGUGAUGACGGCGUUAUUGCCAGGAUCUGUUGGAAAACGGCGCUGGUAUUGGAGAGUGAUACAUUCGGCACAUUCAAGAAUGAGGCUGAGGAAUUUAGGAGCAGGGCUGAGGUCGCCCGGCAGAAAUUGAUUGCGUCAGGCGAAGGUGGACUUAUUCCUUUUAUUGAAAAUGAUGCGGACAGAGAUGAAGAGGAGGAUCGGUACGAUGCUCUUGUUCCGCUGUUCUAUCGCUGAAAAUGUUGGAUGUUCAAAGGGGACUAUUAUUUUUGUCCCAUCAAGGAUGCAAAGUUAGAUAAUGUCGGUUACUCCAAGUGGAUAUUGGAACAUCUUCAAUGUUCACCAUGUUCAUACGAAUAUAAUCUCUUAAUUUAC